GAUGGAGAAACAGAGACAGAGAUUAUGAGGUGCCCCAGUUGAGAUUUCUUUUUUGCCCGCCCAAACACGCCCUUAACCUAAACCACCAAAAUUCAAAAAAUUGAAUUUUGUUUCCUCCCCCACUGCAAAUCUACUUCAAUUCCAUCAUCAAGUUCAAUCUCCACCUACCCCUUUUCCAUAUCUUCAUUCGCCCGUCUCCGCUUCAGAUCUCUACCCCGAAAUCCGCCCUCAUUACUCAACUCAUCCAAUCUUCGCUCCAGUUAAAAUCCCCAAAUUCCUCUUCAUUUACUCAACUCGUCCAAUCUUAACUUCCAGUAAUGGCAACCAACCCCUCCGAUUCUACUCCUCCUCUUCCCGUCCCUGCUCCACUCGCUCCCAAGAAAGAGAAUGUAACUCCCAUGGGUUCAAAACUCGCGGAAUUGAAUGAGUCGAGGACUGAGCUGCUUAAUCGGAUUCAGGGGUUGAAGCAGGAUUUGCAAAAUUGGAGAUCAAAGCUAGACACCCAAGUUAAGAUUUACCGCGAUGAGCUAUCAGAGCUAAAGAAGACGCUUAAUGUUGAAGUGGAGCAGCUUCGAGUAGAAUUUAAAGAACUUAAGGAUACUCUCCAUCAGCAACAAGAGGAUGUUACUGCUAGCCUCAGGAAUUUGGGUUUGCAGGAUAUCUCAGGAGAUGCUAAAGAGGGCCAAGAUCCAAAGGUUGAGGAAAAAGAAGGGGAAGUGGAACAUGAUUCAAAAGAGGAUAAUACUAAGGAGGCUGAAAACUGAAUAGCUUUUCUUGCUGUAAUAUGCACUUUUUUUGCACUUUAUCCUGCCAGAGAAGAUGAGGGAAUUCUCUCCACGAGGCCUAUUCCUCCCAAUCUCACAGUUGUGUUAAAUUAAAUUCUGCAGCUACGUGUUUGUGUAGCAUAAGACAGAAAGCAGAUGAUUGAUACGGAACUAAUAUCUCAUAUCUGUAGUUUCUUUUCUCCAGUGAAAUCGCUUUCCUUGUUCAAUUGCA